CCAUCAUUUCUCACAGUUACACCCGCUUUUGAAUUUCGAUUUCAAUUUCAAUUCGAAUUUGAAACCCUAAAUUCCUUCAAUUUCCCAAUUCGCGAUGGCACCCAAGGCAGCAGCAGAGAAGAAGCCCGCGGCAGAGAAGAAGCCCGCUGAGGAGAAGAAGUCGACGGCGGCCGAGAAGGCUCCACCGGCGGAGAAGAAGCCCAAGGCCGGGAAGAAGCUUCCAAAGGAGGGCGCAAGCGCCGCCGGAGACAAGAAGAAGAAGAGGAGCAAGAAGAACGUGGAGACAUACAAGAUCUACAUCUUCAAGGUGCUGAAGCAGGUUCACCCAGACAUCGGUAUCUCCAGCAAGGCCAUGGGGAUCAUGAACAGUUUCAUCAACGACAUCUUCGAGAAGCUCGCUCAGGAAUCUUCCAGGCUCGCUCGCUACAACAAGAAGCCCACCAUCACUUCCAUGGAGAUCCAGACCGCGGUCAGGCUCGUGCUGCCCGGAGAAUUGGCCAAGCAUGCUGUCUCGGAGGGUACCAAGUCUGUCACCAAGUUUACCAGUUCUUGAACUGAGGAAGAGGGUUAUGUAGUAAUGGAUAGAGGAUUAAUGUAAAAUAUUAAAUUGGAUGGUAGAUUAAUUUGACAUUGAAAAUUUACUAUUGAAGCAUUUUGUAUCUACUGCAUGAUGUAGUGUGAGUUUUAUGUAAACAUUUCAGUUCAGUACUAGGAAUUCUAAGGAUUGUGUCUUUGAUAUGAUGGAGUUUUUUCUUAAUAGAACUAUAUGUUUUAAUAUUGAAA